AAAUAACAUUAUCGCUGCUCAUUCAUCGCGCUGGGAUGCUCGUCCGAGGAAUUCUUUCAUCGAGCGUUUAAAAAUAACUGCUUCCUCCCAUCUGCACAUCAAUCUUCUUUCCGUGCACCGCCUCGUCUCUUGGCGCACUGCCCCCAUUCCUCCUCUUCCUCUCCCACGUCAUCUCCGUCUCUGUGAAACCAUUCUCCUCGCGCCCUCUUUUCUGUCCGCUACACCCGCUCAACACCUUGCGCUCACCGCGCCUUCGACUGGGGUCACUCGUUUCAGUUCUGACAUUCGCUCUUGGCGCUGGACAUGCCAAUCAUCGAUCUCAAACUCCACCUGCACUGUUGAAUCCAGCUCCUGAUCCAGCCUUGCUGAUCAGGUUAGUCGCGUGAGAACAAUGGCCCGUCCAUUUCAGCCCUACGAGCCCGAGCUACAGAAGCUCUCCUCCAACACAGAAAGUCCCAUGUCGCCAGUUCCGCGCGGAGAAACACCGGUAUCAUUCAAGCCUAAUGUCAACCGAGCAAAGACAAAACGCUGGGUAGAAGCAAAGAAGUACUCGUACGAUGGAAACGACUGGGGCGACGAUGAGUACGGCGAGUAUGAUGACGACGAGCCUCCACCGGUUCCGCAACACAACCUGAAUCAAAGCACCGGGGAUCUUCCGAGCAUGUUCACGAGGGAUACCUCCCGACCGCCACUCCCUUCGAUGGAUCGAUCCCGAUCGAUGGACCAGGUCGCGACUCUUGGAGGAGAACCGAUUCGUGCUCAGCCUCCAGAAGCGACGGUCGUCGAGCCCGCUACACGGACCGUCCCGAUCGUUCGCCCGGUCGAUAUAUACAAGCGGAUGAGAUCCGAAGGCGCGGUGCCGCAGGAUCGCAACGGCGCUCAGUCAAGCGCAGGCUUUUCCAAUACGACAGCGACUGUUCCGGGUCUGACGUCUGCCGAACUCCACUUACCAUCCAGCAACGAAGCACCGGCCGGGACAGGUGACUACAAGCCUUUCCGACCGCAAGGCGCUGCGCCACAAAUCUCUCACCCACCUGAGGCAGCAGGAGGUAGCCCACCGACAAUUCAGCUUCCAGAUGUGGAGCGUCUUUCAAGCUUCGACCCGGACUUCUCGGGCGACUCGUAUUUCCCUGCGUCAGAAGCCCCAGGGCCAGAGCCCGAGCAACACCAACUGCAGCACAAUCCGUCCAUGGGAUUCCGUUCGGUGGUUCAUCAAGCCUUCGAUGUGCCUGACACUCCUAGUACGACGGUUGACAGCGUCGCACGGUCGAAUAGCGAUAGUACCUCGGUGAUAAGUCCCAUCAUUCCGCAGCGCAGCCAGAGCGAUAUCAAAACACCCACGAUUCUGGAAGAGCCGGGCGAGAGAACACCCCCACCCAAGGAUGCGAGUGAUCUAGUUUUCAAACCGGGUCAUCGUCGAGACAUUAGCCUUCCCAGUCCGAACAAUAGCCCCUCGAGGACCCCGAGGAUCACCAAUGUUCAAACCGCCCAUCCGUCCGCAGCAGGCGAGAUGUCUGUUGAGACACCGGUCGCGUCUUCCCUUGAUUCACAAUCAGGCGAACAAACGCCGCAAGAAGGUCUUGCGCACGAACCAGCACCCGGUCCUGAUCACCCUGCUCCUCUGAGUAUCGGGUCCCAUCCUGUGACGUCGGCCCCUGCGCUCACGCAUGAUGGAGUGCCUAUCAUUAUACCUUCCAUGAGCACCGACAAUUCGCCCCAAGACACGGAGAGUGACCGCCUGCGUAAGGAGAUCAUGCGGACACUGAGUUGCGAGACAACCCCCUCAAAGGAGCAAGAAGAAGAGGAGCCUGCGAGUCGGCCAGAGGCUGAACGCCAGGACAGCCUCAUCCCUAGCGAAUACGAGAGGUAUUGGAGCGCUGCAGAGUCUACUACAAGCCCCGUAGCCCUUGACCAGUCAACUCCAGACUACGUCGCCUCUCCGGUUGCCCUUCAGGGAUCCACCAUUGAGGAUGUGCUUCCUGCUGCCUCCGAGCCAAUCACAUCCCCGUCAUCGGAGUCUUCCAAGCCAAAAUUAGCACGGCGCUUCUCGUGGGAGUCUUCAUCCUCCUCCGAGGAGCCUGCGCCGGCAGCAGGUGUGCAGUCGCCUCCUGCUCCCAUGCCGGGACAGUUUCCUGCCUCCCGCGAGACUCCCGUCCAAUCCUCUUCGGAGACUGAGGUGACGAGUCCCACCGCGGCGGAGGCUAUACCGGCGGAAGCCAUCCCAGCGGAGAUUAUCUCUCCCGAGGAGCCCCUCCACAAGGCCCCCGAGGAGAGCGACAGCUCCGUUGGGCCUGAAAUCGAAAAGCCCAAACUCACCAUCCUGCCCCCGGUCCCCGACGAUCGAAGCAUCAUCUCCGACGGCCAACUGCCCGAAGUCUACCACGCGGAAGCCAUCCCAGACACCUAUGCCGACACCGAGAACAACAACAACAACAACCACGACAGCAACAACGCACCGCCCUUUACCGAGAAAUAUCACAACCAGCACCAGCAGAUCCCGCAGUGGACGCCCACGGCCCCGGCCUCCGUCGAACCGACCCUCCUAGGCUUCCGCGAGAUUCUGGGCAUGCCGACCCCCGAGGCCCGGACGCAGGCCUUCAACGACACGCGGGCCAAGUUCGCCACCAUCGACACGGGCCUCGCCCACUGGAUCCAGGUCACCGUGCACGCCCACCCGGAGCACGCGGACGUGGUCGACAAGAGCGCCAAGCUGGCCGCCGGCGGCGCCGUGCCGGCCGUCAGCGUGCCCCGCAAGAAGUUCCCCAAGCUCUCGUCGCUCGGCAACUUCGGGUCCUCCUCGCAGCUCGACGUGUCGUCGGGGAUGCCGUCGGGGUCUGGAAUUUCCGGAAUCUCUGGUGGCGCUGGCGGCCAUGCGCGCCGCCCGUCCGCCCCGCUCGGCGCCAUGAUGAAUAAACAGCAGGUCGAGCAGCGGGGCAAGGAGCUGCUGCACUCGGCCGGGGUGCUGGGCGGACGGGCCGGCGAGGCGGCCAAGGGGCUGUUCGCGCGCGGCCGGAGUAAGCUGAAGGGCGGCGGGAUCGGGGGCCAUUCUGAGAAGGUAGUAGAUUCUUGAUUUUUCUUUUUUGUUCUUCUUCUUUUUCUGGGUAGCGAGAGACAGAGAGACAGUGAAAGUGUUUGUGUGUGUGUGUGUGUGUCUGUGUGUGUGAACUUUGACUUUCUGUGUGUGUGACUACGCUUAUGCCUAUGCCUACGCUUAUGCCUAUUGAUACCAUGCCGUAUAAUUGAAUCAUAUUUGUCUCUCUCAAUGCUUGAUUGAAAACAAACCAGAAAUGAAAAUGUCACAGACAAAGAAUAUCACGAUGUACUCGCUCGCCCCAGCCCCAUUGUUCUUACUUUCCUCCG